AUGCUUCGUAAACAGCCUAUCAUUUUGAUAGCGGUCGACGCGUCGCUCGCGGCAUUGGGAGGUUUCAUUACACUGGCUGGCAGAGGCACGGCAAUUCACCAUCCUGCCGUCGAAUGGUUCAGCUGCAGUCUGAAGACCGAGGAUCUAGGUGUUUGGCGUUGCCUACUGAAAGACAAAAGUCUGCCUGAGGAGAGCAGGAAUAUGGUGGCUUUCGAGCUUCUAGCAGCUUGUCUUGGAUUGCGACUAGCUGAGGAGUAUGCGGGACUCCAGAAGCACAACGUCGUCCUGCUGACUAACAACGAAGCCACAAGAGGUAUCCUAUCCAAAAUGUAUGCGAAGACCCCAGCUCUGGCGAAGCUCUUACGAUGCAUGACGGAGACUCUGGCGAGUCUGUCCGACCAUAACUUCUUCCCCACUCGAAUUGCAAGCGAGCACAACAUCGUGGCCGAUAGAAUAUCGAGAGGCCAGCUGACGGAGGUACCAGCUGAGUGGGAGAGGGCCGAGAUUGACCUCCGUGCGGAACUCCACCGAAUGAGUUAA